AUGCCAACAAAGUUCUUAACUCUAAAGACUUGCGAUGGUAAGGAAUUUGUACUCGACAAGGCGAUAGCCGUGAGGUCACAAACUAUCAAGAAUAUGGUUGAAGACGAUUGUGUUUCAAACAUCAUUCCCCUUCCUAAUGUCGAUAGCAAAAUAAUGAUCAAAGUGAUCGAAUACUGGAAGAAACAUUCAGAGGAAGACAUCUCCAAAGACAUGUUGAUGGAGUUUGAGAAGGCUUUUGUGAAGGUGCACCACUCGAUUUUGCAUGCUCUUAUCUUAGCUGCUAAUUUUCUUAACGAUAAGGAGAUAUUGGAUAUGAUGUGUCAAGAAGUUGUUGAUAGCAAGAAUGAUUUUACUCCAGAGGAAGAAGAGGAGAUCCGUAAAGAGAAUGCUUGGGCUUUUGAAUGA